AGAGCGAGCGCCCCGGAGCUCUAAGGACUGCGCUCCCGGAGGCCUUGGCUGGAAGCCGAACUCAGCCCGCCGCGGAGGGGACUCUCUAGAGCCUCUUCACCCAGCAACUGCGGGGAUGCUGAGAACCCGGCUGCUGGGGCAGCUGGGCUGCUCCCGGCGGCGCUCGGGGCCAGCGCGCAGCCCGCCCCCGCGUCCGCCCCACAGUUGCCCACGCCGUGCGGGAGGCGGGGCCGCCCAGCUCACCUGGCCGUUUGGGGCGGGGCCGCCCGCGACCCGGGGGAGCGGAGGUGGCGGCGGUACCCGGCGUGCAGGAAAGGGGCUCGCUGCGGGGGCAUGGCCGGAGCUCCCACCCCUCCACGCCCCCCCACCGCCCGUGCCGGGGCCCUCCCUCGGCUCGCUCGCGCUCUCCCUCCCUCUUCUCCCCUCCUUCGCUCCCUCCCUCCGAGCCCAAUUGCUCAAGCCGCUUCCUUCCCCAACGCCAGCGCCAGUUCCUCUCUUGGUGGGGCCCGGGAAGGGCAGCGAACGCUAGACACUGGAACCGCUGCGGCGGCAGGACCAUGGCCGAGCCCCGAGGGGCCGCGAAGCCGGCACCCAAGGCCUCCUUCGCACCGACCGAGCUGAGCCUGCGGAGCGCCCCGCAGCCCCGCCCCUUGAGAGUGGACACCGUCAGCCUGGGCAGGUACCGGGGCAACGCCACCGCCUCCCGGGAGCCCCCCUUCCACGGCUCGUUGAUGCCCUCGGGAACAGGCUCGGGGCGCCGGCGGGGAGCGCUGCGGGAGCUGCUGGGACUGCAGGGGGCGGCUCCCGCCGGGUGGCUGUCGGAGGAGCGCCCCGUGGAGCAGUCCCCGGGCGGGCCGAACGGACCGAGCGGUAGCGGGCUAUGCCUGGAGCCCCGGGAGCACGCGUGGAUACUCGCGGCAGCUGAGGGCCGCUUUGAGGCGCUGCAGGAGCUGCUGGAGGUCGAGCCGGGGCUGCUCCUGCGGGGCGACCCGAUCACGGGCUACACGGUGCUGCACUGGCUGGCCAAGCACGGGCGCCACGAGGAACUCAUCCUGGUGCACGACUUCGCCCAGCGCAGGGGGCUGCCGCUCGACGUGAGCGCCCCGGGUAGCGGCGGCCUCACGCCCCUCCACCUGGCGGCCCUGCAGGGCCACGAUAUGGUCGUCAAGGUGCUGGUGGGCGCCUUGGGGGCAGACCCCACGCGCCGCGACCACAGCGGCCACCGGGCCUGUCACUACCUGCGGCCCGACGCGCCCUGGAGCUUGCGGGAGCUGUCGGGGGCCGAGGACUGGGAGACGGCGGGCGGCAGCGAGCGUAACAACGCCAACAACAACAGCAGCGGCGGCGGCGCCGCGUGUACGCCGAGACGCGCCCCCAGCGCAGUGGGCGCGCCGGUCGUGGAGACAACGGCCAGAGCGGCGGCGGCGCCCGCCAAGGGGAAGGACUCCGUGGGCAGACGAGUGGCGCAAAUUCAAGGCCUUUUCCGCCAUAUGUUCCCCUUCUUCCAGGACCGUUGAAGGAGACGGAGACUGGAGAGCGUGGAGGGACCAAGACGCUGCGGACGGGCCUCGAUCCCGGGUGGUCCCUGGCGGUCCCGGGUCCCACCGAAGGGGCGGCGCCUCGGACGCAGCUCGGGCCGCAGCCGUGGGCGCUGGUCCUGCAGGGAACAGACCACCUCGGGGUCCGUCUCAGGCACCUGUCUCAGGAGUACAGACACUGGCCAGGAGACGCGGGGACCAGGGCACGCCUAACCGAGGGAGAGCAAAGACCAAGCCUUCCUGGCGCCGAAUCCCCAAACUACAGGAUUAAGCAGUUAGGAGCAGAAGCGUGGUCCUGCUUGGGAGAGGGAAAGUUAGCUUCCAGUAGCCAUUUCUGGGCAGGCGGAAGCUCUGGGUUUAUUAGGAAACAUUUGCUAGAAGAAUGAGUUAAGAUUGUAAACCACUGAUGCAGAGGAAGCGCCUAACUGCAGGCCUGACUCGGCUGUUAACGGGUCACUUUGUGAGGGCGGGCUCAGCCCCUGUCAACCUGCUCCUGAGACAACCAGGCCUUACGCAUACGGUUUGGUUUCUAAUGUAUCACGAUUGACUUCUUAAGCAUAUU